UCCAUUAACCAAGCAGCACGUUAGAUCAAGGACACCGAGACGAGCCCCAGAGCCCUUCCCCAAGAGCCAGCAGCAGCGAGCCAUGGCCACCUCGACCGCCGCCGUGCUGUCCCCGCCGUCCGUCGCCGGGCUCCGCCUGGCGCCGUCGCCCAGGGCGCGCGUGUCGUUCCGGGCCACGCCGGCGCGGCGGUCCGUGGCGGCGCGGGCGGAGCUGAGCCCGUCGCUGGUGAUCAGCCUCAGCACCGGCGUGUCGCUCUUCCUGGGCCGCUUCGUCUUCUUCAACUUCCAGCGGGAGAACGUGGCGAAGCAGGUCCCCGAGCAGAACGGCAAGACGCACUUCGACGCCGGCGACGAGCGGGCCAAGGAGUACGCCGGCCUGCUCAAGUCCAACGACCCCGUGGGGUUCAACCUCGUCGACGUCCUCGCCUGGGGCUCGCUCGGCCACAUCGUCGCCUACUACAUCCUCGCCACCUCCAGCAACGGAUACGACCCCAACUUCUUCUGAGCGACGGGCGCGUUCGUUCUUGCUGUAAUCUGCUCGGCGUGUUGGUGUUACUGCGUUGUAUCUGAUGCCGGAAAGAUUGGUUAAUUUGGACAAGUAGUGCUACUGCGUGUGUAUAUUGCCGCAUGAAUUUGGUCUUCAUCUAUGUCUAUCUCUGUGUAUUAAGCUACUUUUCGCUUUCGGUUAUGAGUACAUUCUGAUUAUGGCA